AUGUCAGAUCACGAACAACUGAACAUUGCUAACAAUAACCAAGAAACGCGCGAGUCAGCAACUCCAGCAAUAGUUCCGCCUCCAGAUGAAAACAACGGAGCUUUAACAACAGGGGCAAGCGCAAGCGACCAAGAUGUCAAAGGGUCCUCGGAACAGCCAAAAGAAGAGAAAGUAGAGGAUAACAAAAAUCGUAUCAAUCUAAAAGUAGCUGAUGGCAAUGGUGGUGAAAUAUGGUUCAAAGUGAAACGAUCAACACCAAUGAAGAAGAUCAUGCAAGCAUAUUGUGAAAAACAAAGUAAAGAUAUCCAGUCAUUACGAUUUUUAUUUGAUGGUCAGAGAAUUGAUCCCAAUCAAACUGCUGAUGAUAUGGAUAUGGACGAUAAUGAUGUUAUUGAAGCUCAUCAUUCCCAACUUGGAGGUGGAUGUUUCUAG